AUGUCAUUGUUGUUCGUCUUAUAUUUUUCUUUGGUUUAUCUGUCUCUGUUUCUCUGUUUUCCAGAAAGCAUAAACCGGCAAAAUUUCGUGAGUCGCGAGACAUUUCAUGAUCUGGAAGUCCAUCGGAAUCAAAGUCGCCCGGAACAUUUUCAUCCUCCUCUAUGGCGUCCGGAUAUCACCAGAAUACAGCCAUCCAAUAUAAAGAUCCCACAAGUUGAUAGCUUUGCCAGUACCAUUUGGAAUCAUAACUCCGAAGGGGGCCAUUCAUUGUCCAAGAGAUCGAAACCCUGGAAUAAAUUAUUGGAAGGCGCCGAUACGGAAAUCCAAGCCGAUGAAGAAAAUCGUGAAAGGAGAAGAGGGUAA